AUGAGCGACUCAGCUGGGCCGGAUUGCCCAGCUGGACAAUCCGGGGACGAGCAAGGCGGCACUGAUCCACUUGACUUAGUGAGUAUCGCUUAUCCCAUCUGUUCAUCACUUAGUAACAGUUUGAAUCUAGCUUCUGGGACGUCAUCGAGAAAGAAAAAAGCGCGCGGGAUUACGAAGAGAAUUGCAGGCUAUGAGGAAGAGCUUACAACUUCACGCAUUAACUACCUCCAAUACAAGCGCAAGCUUGAGACCGCGAUCACAGAACUGGGUGAUGAAGACAGGGAAGUGCUGGUUGCGGCCCACGGCGAAGACUUGGCCUACUCCCGGGUUGAAACAACUGCCGGAAUCGAUAUUAAACGCGAUACUGGUGCACCUGACUCGAUUCUAGGCGAAAAUCUGAAGACCGCGACGAUCAUGCUGAAGGAGCUUGUCCUCCACGUGACGCAGAUUUACGCGGCUUUGAGGGCUUCUGAGGACAAUGCAGCAAAUGCUCAGGCUGAGAACACCUCGACAGAUGAGCUAAAAGCGGCACGUAUCUCCUACCUUCAAGGCAAGCGUAAGCUUGCAAAGGCGAUUUUUGAGCUAUCUGAGGGGGAAGAGGAGGUGCUGAUACAGAUCUACCGCGAAGACUUGACCUACUGCCGGGUCGAAGCAGGUGAAGGUAUUUGA